AGAUCAUCUACAUUUAUAAUAACAAUCGAAGAAUUUGAUCAGCGGAUUGGUACCACUGAGUAUGACAGUUCUAGCUGAUGUAGCCAGCUUCGCGAUACAGCGAAGGUUGGAAAGCAAGUAUGGAGUCUUGAGAAAUUUUUAUACGAAUUUGCGGAGCAAAGUCUAGAUUUUCAUCUUUCAAAUUAAUUGAAUCAAUAAAUAUAUAUUAACUUUUAUAUGCGUGGUGUAAGCGUGAGAAAUGAUUGUACAGGAACCAGUGCAGGCAGCCAUAUGGCACUGUUUAAAUCAUUACGCUUAUCGAGAUGCAAUAUUCUUGGCAGAAAGACUUUGGGCAGAAGUGGAUACAGAAGACACAUUGUUUCUGUUAGCAACAUGUUACUACCGAGCAGGACGGGUAAGACAAGCUCAUGCUCUAUUAUCCAAAAAAGCACCAAGUUCUUCACAGUGCAGAUUUCUUUUGGCAAAGUGCUGUUAUGACUUGGAAAAGUACGCGGAAGCCGAGGCAGCUAUAAUCGGUGGAUAUUAUAAGCAAUUGAAGAAUUUGGAUGAGAUAGUUACACAGUUUGGAGAUCAGGCUUGUUUCUCAUUGCAAAUAAUAGCUAAGAUUUAUUAUAAAAUGAUGCGUCCAGCAAAGGGUAGCGAAGCUCACAAAUUAGCUCUAAAGUUGAAUCCAUUUUUGUGGCAUUCUUUCGAAGAGCUGUGCAAUGUCGGGGAGAAAGUUGAUCCGGUAAAGACUUUUCAGCUGGAUAAACUAGACAGUUUUGCAACAUGUCAUGGCACUACUCCGAUACUUAAUUAUGUCACUGAACCUGAUCUCAUAACACCGGUUGUGAAUAAUCCUUCUACACCAAUUUCCAAUAAUGCCACACCUAUACAGAACAUUGUAGGAAACGGUAUCUCGCCGGGUAUUAAAUUAUUUGCCACAUCAGAUGAAAGUCCGAUGAGUUUCCCACCUCAGCUCCAUAAUUGUCCAGCUGCAUCGCCGCGAGGAAAAGCCCCACGAUAUAGGAGUAUGUUCAGCAAUUCUCUGAGUCCUUUAACUCCUAGUUUUGGAAUUUUACCAUUGGACAGCAACACUCCAGAACCCAUCGUAUUACCAUCUCUUACAACACUUUCAGAGGCAAAUGACCAAAAAAGCUUGGCUAAACGAGUCAGUAGCCUUAAAGCUCAUGUUGGACAACUAAUGUCCCGGAAAGAAACACCUCUACAACAAGGCAAGCCAGUGUUUUCUCAGUCCGGUAACACUAGUAAUACAGCAAAUAUAGUCACGGUUACGCCAACAGCUCCUAUUCCGACUCCACAGGCACUUCAAGGCCCUAAUGUCCGGAGAUCUUCCAGACUCUUCAGCAACAGCUACUCUGUUAAGGAGAACAACAAAUCACCAAAUAGAAAUAAAUUCGCCCCACCGAAAUCUCCAUCUCGAAAACCCAAAGCACGACUAUCAAAGACUAAUUUAAAUAAGGCAAACUUCAACGAACUGAACGAGAGAAAUAGAAAUGAGAGGGAAAAGAGUGAAACAAUAACAUCAGAGAGAGUAAUAUCAUCUACUAACACACUGAACCAGAAUAAUAUGAUGCAUUGUGCUUUAUUGGUACAAAAACAGUGCGCUGAGGGUCUUAUGACGCUACUGAGAGACUUGGGUACCGCGUAUCAACAUCUGAGUCAAUUCAAUUGUUUGCAAGCCAUUGAAAUAUUCAGUGUCCUACCAGCGCAACAUUAUAACACAGGUUGGGUCCUGUCGAUGUUAGCACGAGCACACUUUGAAAUGAUAGAUUAUAAAAAAGCUGCCAGUUACUUUGCGGAAGUGAGGCAAUUAGAACCUCAAAGAACAGAAUUGAUGGAAAUCUACAGUACCGUACUCUGGCACUUACAUGCCGAAGUACAAUUAUCCACCUUGGCUCAGGAAUUGGUUGCAGAAGACCGAUAUUCCCCAACAGCUUGGUGUGCUACAGGAAACCUAUUUUCUGCGCAAACCGAACACGAAACAGCGAUCAAAUUUUUCCAAAGAGCUAUACAGGUGGAUCCGAAUUUCCCAUAUGCAUAUACGCUUCUGGGGCACGAAUAUGUCAUGACUGAAGAGUUGGAUAAAGCAAUUACAGCAUUUAGAAAUGCCAUUAGACUGGACCCCAGGCACUACAACGCGUGGUUUGGACUAGGGACGAUAUUUUCCAAACAAGAGCAAUAUAGUUUAGCAGAGCUGCACUUUAAAAGAGCAUUGCAAAUAAAUCCUCGAAAUUCCGCGAUCAUGUGUCAUAUAGGGGUUGUACAACAUGCUUUGAAAAAGACUGUCCUUGCUUUGGAAACGUUGAAUCAAGCUAUUCAAAACGACCCUGAAAAUACACUUUGCAAAUUUCAUCGAGCGAGCAUAAAUUUCUCUACGGGCCGGCCUGCUGAAGCUCUUAAGGAAUUUGAAGAACUGAAGAAUAUUGUACCCAAAGAAUCUCUAGUCUACUAUUCUAUAGGAAAGGUUCAUAAACAGUUAGGAAAUACACACCUUGCGCUCAUGUACUUUAGUUGGGCGACAGACUUGGACCCCAAAGGUGUAAACAGUCAAAUAAAAGAAGCCAUUCUCAGUCCUGGACAAGCCGAAGACGACUCUACCCCUCAACUAGCUGAAAGACCGGCACAAAGUAGUUCGACGGAGCAGGAGGGAGAGGGAAGUGGAGAUCAGUCGGCGAAUAUUACGAUUCAGCCUCAUGCGGAUGACAGUGAUAACAGCUUAUGAGUGUCUUGAUCUGGUGUAUUACCGUUACUGCUGGCAAAAAUACCCGUAUACUUUGUUAUAAAUAGUCCCCACUUUAUAAUAUAAUAGCGCAUUUCAUGAAAAUUGAUUAAUUGCAAAAAAAUCUCUACUCUCUUUUUAACAUCACUAGUACAAGCAGAAAAUGGAAGGACUACUAGUUAAACCUAUCAAUAUAUAUUUUACAGACGAAUUAGCGCAUCCUAUUUUUCGUGCUGAGAAUACAGGAGAACAAUGUGGAUAACAUAAAGUAACUAAAGAGGACUUGAAACAAACUAGGUAACCGUAGCUAUUAGAAUCUGCAAUAUUGAAGCAAAAAAUCUUUUUGCUUACUCCUGCUAUCUAAUUUGAAACAUUGUUUCUCUUUAUUGUUCGUUUCUAUAAAUUUACAAAUAAACAUUUUAAUUUGAACGUAUAGAGCCAAGGUGCCUAGAUGUAAUGCCUACCUGCUUUUUCUUCUACUUUUUUCUUCUUGUUUCAUGAAAAUCUCGAAUAUCAGUUGAUUACGAUAAUGUAAUUGUUUCAAUACGUGUGUAUCAUCGCUGCAUAGACUAAGUAUGUGUGAGUCUAGUGUAACAUGUCGUAUAGAUAUAAAUUAUAAUGGUAAGUUCGGGUCAACAUUCUAGGAGUGAGUAAAUCGAAUAGAACCAUAUGGUUCUGAUUAAAAGUUAUCUGUUUUUAAAACAAUUGAUUUUAGAAACUCCAAAAUAAUUGUAAUGGAAUGUUGUAAAUCCUUAUCAAUAUUUCGUUACUCAAUCGAAGUGGGACGUUGAGUCCAUAGCACAGUCGUCGUGAAUUCCUUAAUUUCUCUUUCGCUGGGCACCAAAGCCUCACGAAAAUCGAUCACGUAAUAUCUGUAUUUAUUGGACUUGUGUAUUUAUAACAUUUUAUAAGUAACGUCGUAUACUAACGUUGAAAUCGUUAAUCUAUUCUAUACUGAAAAAAGAAGUAUAUGAAACAAAACAGAAAAAUUAAAAAAAAAAUAUAUAAGCUCGAGCAGUAUCUGUAUUCGCUUAGGAAGCUCCAAUAUUCUAAACUGUAAAAAAUUAUUGGUACACUGCUUAGAAAGUAGAUGAAUAUAAAAAACGAUAAAUGAUAUUUAUAUAUAGAGUAAUAAUAUGGCAGAAGCUGUCAAUAGUCCUUGCGUAUUCAUUAAUUCGACCCGGUUACCGAGCUGAGAAAUAAUCCGUUUAUCAAAAUUAAUUAGAUCAUAGCUGUUAUCAUAAAUUUCAAUGUUUUGCACACUAGAUUACUGUACUACAUCAUGUUCACGUACACGAUUUAUAUGCGGGGAUAAAGGCGUGGAAGUGAAAAAAGAAUUGACAAAGUCGGUGUCGUACAGUUUGUUAAUGCAUGUAAUUUGUGCAAGAUACAUUCAAUAGAUAUUAAAAUAUUCAUGACAUGAAUGUGUACCCUGAA